GGAUGUUUGUGAAGGUAGAACCCACAUCAGUGUUCCUCACCAACCAAGCUCCCAGACAUUCCUUCAGGCCGCCUAAAUAUUUAUGUCCCGAGGGGGACACGUUGGACCAAGCUGGUUACAGUAGCACUGACUGGACCCAUAGCUCCUUGUCCCAAAUGGUUGACUUCAUUGUCUCGCUCGUGGCUACGUCACCGCUGGGGGACAUGGGCGGAGGGUGAAUUCCGCGAACAGCUGUUCUCCUCCAGCUGCUCCUCCGAGACGCACCAAACUGCUGCUUUGUCCUGCUUCAAACUCCAUCGCUGCACAUUGAAUGACUUGCUAAAAUGUUGUAUCAAGUUGUUCUCCUCAUUCUUGGAGCGGCAAUCCCCUGGCUGGCGGUGGAGGGAAAGCCCGCAGCGUGUGCCAAUGUGUUUUGUGGAGCGGGGAGAGAGUGCGCCAUGACGGAGAGAGGAGAACCUGCUUGCAUGUGCAUCAACUACUGUAAGGCCCACAAGCAUCCGGUGUGUGCCAGUAACGGGAAGACUUACCAGAACCACUGUGAGCUGCACCGGGACGCCUGCCUCACCGGGACCAAGCUGCACGUAGAGCAGGAUGGACACUGCCAAGAGAUGUCCAACAAAGUUGCAGCCAGCCCAAUUGUGUGCUAUGUAGCAGACAGGAAUGAGCUACGGAGAAGAGUGAUUGGCUGGCUUGAAGGGGAGGUGGAGCCCGAUGGCUGGUUCUCAAUAGGAAGCAACUUCUCUCACAUCCUGGAGAAAUACUUCAAGGAGUACGAUGAUGGAGAUUCCCAGAUGGACUCGUCUGAACUCCUGAAGUUCCUCCAACACAACGAGACAGCCAUCAACAUCACCGCCUACGCCAGCCAGGACAACAAUCGCCUGCUCAGGAGCCUAUGUGUGGAUGCUCUCAUUGAGUUGUCAGAUGAAAAUGCUGACUGGAAGCUAAGUUUCGAUGAGUUCCUCAACUGCCUGAAGCCUGACUUCAACCCCCCAGAGAGAAUGUGUGCCCUGGAGGACGAGACAUACGAGGAUGGGGCAGAGACUCAGAUGGAAUGUAACCGCUGUGUAUGCGCCUGUGGAAACUGGGUCUGCACAGCUCUCACCUGCGACGGAACAGAGCGCCCAGAGGUGGUGGAGGCUGAGGGGGCGGAGCAGGAAAUGACCGAGGAGGAGUGGACCCGCAGGGUGGCAGAGCUCAACAUGCGCCAGGAGACUGUAGAAAAGAUGAAGGUGGGCGUCAAUGAGAUCUGAGAUGAGACCCACUUUAUAAUUUCAACCAACCAGAAUGACUGCAGACUCUCAUCCAACCAACCAGUGUGACUGCAGACUGUCAUCCAACCAAUCAUGAUCAGCCAUGCCUUUCCGGCUUUAUGAUUCUGGUCUAUUUCUGUUACGUCAGACAUAAUACUGUUCUAGAUUUACUUUACUGUACCAUAGUUAGUGGGACUGAAUAAGAUUGUUGAGAUGAUAAGGAUUAGUUUAUUGACAAUAGUUUAUAGUCCCUUCACGUUUCUCAGAAGACUGUAGCAACUACUGAAUGGUCUGAACUGUGGUCCAGGGAUGAUUGUUGAUGAUGUCAUCUUGUUUGUGUAUUUGUGUCAAAAUAAAGAUUACUUAUUUACUUA